UACACGAAUGACUUUAAAAGAUGCUUUCAUGCUGAUAAGUUGAGUUGAGAAACCUGUAAAUGGUCAAAAUAAAGGACUCAGUGACAGAAGACCAGAAUCUGAACAUCUCUGCCUGAACAUCAUGAAACAAACGAUGAAGGUGUUUGUCGCGGUUCUGCUCUCUGUUUUCACGGCGUCUGUUGUUUGUGGAUACAGACCAUUCGACUGCUCUGAACUUUAUAAAUCAGGACGGACGGCCAGCGGGAUCUACUCCAUCUAUCCUGCAGGAGAUGUUCCUGUCUGGGUUCACUGUGACAUGAUCUCAGAUGGGAAAGAUGAAGAUAAAGGAGGAUGGACGGUGAUUCAGAGGAGAAUGGACGGCAGUAUUAAUUUCUAUCAGCCGUGGAGAAAGUACACAAUAGGGUUCGGGACCACCGAGAGUGAAUACUGGCUGGGGCUGGAGAACAUGUAUCAGCUGACACGAAACAGGAAGUACAUGCUGAGAGUGGAUCUGGAGGACUUUCAAGGAAGGAAGGGUUUCGCUCAGUACUCGUCUUUCUCUGUCGGUCCUGAAGCUGAUGGGUAUAAACUACAAGUUUCAGGAUUCAAAGAUGGAGGAGCUGGUGACUCUUUGUCCUAUCAUAACGGACAGAAGUUCUCCACCUUCGACAAAGACCAGGACAACGACAGCAGAAACUGUGCCAGACUGUAUCUCGGGGGAUAUUGGUACAAUCAGUGUUACCGCUCAAACCUCAACGGUGUGUAUUUAUGGGGAGAAGAUGACACUCAUUUUGCCAUCGGAGAUGUUUGGCACACCUGGAAGAAGAAUUAUGCCAUGGGCAUGAAAUCUAUCAGCAUGAAGAUCAAAGCUGCUCUCUAGAAACAUCUGAUGCUGUUUUCACUAUAUUACAAAUGAAAACGUUUUAUUUUGUUCAGUGCAAGCGAAUGAACGAUUACCUGCUUUUGCUCUUUUGAUUGACUGUUAUAUAAGUGAACUUCCAAAUAAACUCCUGCAUCAAAAGCA